CAUGAGACCUUAAAGACUUCACCUUUAGUCAAGGAGACACCCACAAAAGCUGAACAAGAUCAACUGUCUCAUUUUGUGACAGAAAUACACAAUAUGGCGAAACUGAAAUACAGUCAGGCAGAAUUGGACAAUCAUGAACACUAUAUUAGGAAUCGUAUCGUAAAGGCACUUUGUAAAAGGUUGGCAAUGCUUUCAUCUCUUCUCGCUGUGUCAGACAUUCUGCCAAAUGGAAGUUCAUACCAAGGUACAAAAAUUGAUACACCUUGUGAAUAUGAUUAUAUACUGCCAAUGGAUAUGUCAAAGAAUAAUAAAGAUGUUGUGUUUACUCGAAUACCAUAUAGAAGUUAUGCUCUAGAUGUUAAUAUCUAUGGUGAUACUUUUACUGAAAUAACUCAGCUGUUCUCAAAACUUACACAUCUUGAUUCGGAGCUAUUCAGGGACCAUACACUGAAUUCUCGUACUUUUGUAAGGUGUAUUUUACUUCAAGCUCUGGACAAGUGUCUAUCAGAAUUGCAUGCUGAAGGUGAAUUGGUUUACAAAGGUUUAGUACUUCUAGACAGCAAGCUUGAAAAAGAGAGUCCUAAAUUCAAUGAAGUGUAUCUCCAUUCACAAGAACAUGGACCUUCCAUUCAACUGAGAGUUGGGGGACCGCUUUGUGUUACAGAUAUUGACAUGGGAUUUUGUCUAAAGGUACCAGGCGAAACCUUGACACAGGACACCUUCUAUAUAGCUUUACUUUCACCACCUUUCUUGACACAUUGGAUAGUGUCAAUAUAUCGUACGCCAAACAUAUCAAACAUGGAUGCUUGUCAUAGAUACAUAAUUAUGGCACUAAAAUACAUCUUAACAAAACUUGACAAACAACGAGCUUUCAAUUCCUUUAGUUUGACAACUUUAGUGCGGUACCAUAUUGAAAAUGAAUGUGACGGCAGUGCAGUAGAACAAUCAAUUGGGAAAUGUUUCAAUGAUGUGUGUCACAGUAUUGCUAGGCUACAAUAUGUCUCAAAAUCAGACAGUCCAACAGAACUUGUAUCUUGGGGCCAUUGGCUUGAAGACUUGAUGAAUAAAGAUUGUCCUGGAAUAAAAAUAUUUCGAAGAGGAUCUUAUGAUAAUUCAGAGCCAGUGUUUCCACUUGUAAUAUACAUUCUAAACAAAUUGGCAAAGUCCUCGUCUGGAGUUCCCACUGUGCAGGAUAUUCAAACACAAAUUGACAUGGUUGUUAAGACAUGCAAGCUGGAGGCAUGGAGACAGCAUAUAAUAAUAACCUUACUCAGGAAAAACCAACUUUCAUCAAGUGAGCAAGAGGACAUUUUAUCCACAGAAGAUGUGUAUGAUUUGAGAGUGAAAUACAAUCAUAAAAAUGAUACACUUUUUGGCACAGGAAUAGUAGUGAUUAACACACAAAGGAUCAUGGAUAUUAUAGGCCAUCAAUAUGAAUCUGCACCACCCAACAAGGACAAUUUGUUUGUAAUUCACGAUCAUCCGAACACAGGGUUCCAGAACUUCCAGACGUCAUCCAUAAAGUUCCUUCCUUAGGUCUGAGAUAUGGAGGCCUGUGUUAGGAGGAUUGUGAUUCACAACAAAAAUUAUAUUAUGAAUAUAUGUAGCACAUCAUAGUUUAUAACAUAAAAUAACUUCAUGUUUCUUAUAAAGAUGGCAAUGAUAUACACCUAUUUCUCCAUUCAUUCCAAAAAUUGACAGAAUUUGAAAGUUGAAGAAUUUCAAUUUGAGAAUGCAUAUAUUCAUGCAAUAAAUCUCUGAAGUUGAAAAAAUACUUAAAUUCUUGCAUAUAUUAGUCAUGUUACUAUUAAUGGUAUGUCAGUCAGCAACCAUGAAGUAGUGGUUACUCCAGCAAAUGGGGA